AUGGUCUACGUCGAUAACACUGGUUCGGUUCGUGACCAACGACCAAUAUGGACACCAAGUGGACUUUAUUAUUUAAUUGUUUCAUUUUUCAAUUUUAUUAUAUUAUUUUUUCGUUCAUUGGUUGAUCCAACUUUGACUAAAUAUGGAAGAAAUGUGGAAUCAACUAAUUAUCGUACCGGUGGUGGCGGUGGUGGCGGUGGUGGCGGUGGUGGAGGUAGAGGAGGUCGAUUCGAUCGACCUCCUAAUGCACGACCAGGACGACGUAUGGGUGGAUUUGGUGGUACAGGUGGAGGUCCCGGUUGUGCACCAAUGGCUGGCGGAUGA